AUGAGCUUACUGCCAUUGACCCUGCUUUGCCCGCACUCGGUGGUGAAAGAUGUUCUCGAAGAUCGUGAAUCGAGACAGCUGCACGCGCCGGAAUGUCCGCGAAACUCUGCGUCGUUCAUCUCGAAACUCCUCUUCCAUUGGGUAACUCCCUUCGUCUGGAAUGGCUAUAAACGCGAUGUGACAACCGACGACCUGUGGGCUCUUAACGAGGAAGACGGCGUUGAAUAUCGGAUGAAGUUGUUCCGGAAGCACAUAGAGAUGGAAUUCCCCUCGGGGAAUCCGACGGCCCGCAAGGAUGGCGAGAGAGGCUCGACGCUGAGAGCUCUGGUCAAGACUUUCCGAGCAUCCUUCCUCAUUGCCGGAGUCUUGAAAAUGGGGGCGGACGUCGUCAACUUCUUCGGUCCACUCAUAAUGAAAGCCCUCAUGAGAUUCAUGGACAAUGACCAACCGACCUGGAUUGGAAUUGCUUACGCAGUCGUCAUGCUCCUCUCCAUGAUACUACAGACGAUCCUCGAGAACCUCUUCUACCACCGAAUAUCCGAACUCGGAAUGCACGUGCGAAACGUUGUCACUGCCGCCGUCUAUGAGAAAUCGUUGCGGCUUUCACCGGGAGCUCGACGUGAGAAAACUGUCGGCGAAAUCGUGAAUCUGAUGUCAAAUGACGCACAAAUUUUACGGGACACCGUCCGCACAGGCCACAUGCUGUGGUCGACGCCUGUGCAGAUAGUAGCCGCUAGUGCUCUCAUCUACCUCGACAUGGGAAUUUCUGUCGGAGCCGGGCUGCUAUUCAUGCUGGUCAUGAUCCCGCUCAGCGUCUGUCUCGCUACUUUUCAAAAAGCCGUAUUGGCUGCACAAAUGAAGGACAAAGACAGUAGGAUCAAGCUCAUGAAUGAAAUCCUGAACGGCAUGAGGGUCCUCAAAUUUUACGCCUGGGAACUCGGCUUCAAGAGAAUAGUGGACGCGAUUCGUUCGCGAGAGCUCUCCAAGUUGAGAAGAAUUGCUUACCUGCAGGCUUCCCUCACAAUGCUCUGGUUCUUCGCGCCCUUCGCGGUGACCUUCGUGACAUUCGCGGCCUUCGUCUUCUUGAAUAGGGAUCAACGAUUGAGACCCGAUGUAGUUUUCACCGCUCUCGCCCUCUACCAAAAUCUAAGGGUACCGUUGACGAUGCUGCCCAGCUUAAUCAGUAAUUUCAUCCAGUCCUGCGUUUCACUCAAGAGACUCGACGACUUCUUGUCUGCUAACGAGCUCGAAUUUUUCGUAAGAGAUGCAUCCGAAAGGGACCACGCGAUUUCAAUGAAGAACGCAACAUUUUCUUGGGAAGGGAAUGAAGCAAUCUUGACGGACAUGAGCUUAGAUGUUCCUCGAGGAGAACUUCUCGCAAUUGUUGGUCGAGUAGGAGGAGGGAAGAGCUCGCUCAUCUCCGCCAUGCUCGGUGAAAUGAAUCUGUUGAGCGGGAAGGUUCAUGCUCGCGGAAGUGUAGCUUAUGUCUCGCAGCAAACCUGGCUGCGUAACGCAACAUUCAGAGAGAACAUACUUUUCGGGAAACCUUAUGAUCAUCAGAGGUAUUGGGAUAUAUUGCGUCGCUGUGCGCUCCUGGAGGACAUUGAGAUGCUCCCCGCCGGUGACCAAACCGAGAUAGGUGAAAAAGGGAUCAAUCUCUCUGGUGGUCAAAAGCAACGGGUCAGUAUCGCUCGCGCAGUAUACGCUGACGCGGACACCUACUUCAUGGACGAUCCACUAUCAGCCGUAGACUCCCACACAGGGCUUCAAAUAUUCUACAUGAUAAUUAGUAACGAGGGAAUGCUCAAAACGAAAACCAGGGUUUUUGUGACGCACGGUAUACAGUAUCUGCCGAAGGUCGACCGGAUGGUUAUCAUGGAGAACGGCCGCAUGUCUCGAAUCGGGAACUCCGUGGGCCUCAUGCGGUCUGAGAAUGACUUCCGGAGCCUGAUGCCGCACAUUCAUCAACCUUCGGAGGAUGCUGGGAGGGUGGAUUACGAUCAGCGACAGUCUAUUCUGCGAGGAGAACCGGUUCCCUUAACUAGAGAGCCAGGUGCCGGGAAAAUCGUGUCGGAAGAACUUACAGAAAGCGGCAGAAUCAGGUCCAGUGUUUACGGUCAAUACCUUCGAGCGAUUGGAUUGUUCCCGGCGAUGAUCGUAAUGUUGACCAUGUUCGGUGCAACAGCGUCCCAAGUUGGAUCCAGCUUCUGGCUGAAUGAGUGGUCGAAGGACAAGUCCGCAGAACGCGGAACCCACAACCUGAUGAUUUUCGGUGUCCUGGGUAUCGGUCAGGCCGUAGGCCUUUUCUUCGGAGUUCUCUCCAUAGCCUUAUCGUCUUUGUCGGCCUCCAGGCAAAUACAUGACAAGGUUCUCGUUUCGAUUCUCCGGGCUCCUAUGGAUUUCUUCGAUUCUACGCCUAUCGGACGCAUCAUGAACAGGUUCGCGCACGACGUUGAGAUGUUGGAUCUGAAUCUGCCGCAAGACAUGAGAGUUUUGGUGCAACAAUUCCUCAGCCUGCUGGCAAUUUUAUUCGUCAUAUGCUACAACUUGCCGUUGUUCAUUCUCGUUGUGAUUCCCAUAGGAAUCGUGUACUAUCUCGUUCAGCUUCUGUACAUAACCUCAUCGCGGCAACUGAGGCGACUAGAAAACAUCUCGAGAUCUCCGAUAUUCUCGCAUUUCGGUGAAACACUCCAGGGGUCCGCUAUCAUCCGAGCCUUCGGUAGAAGCGAGGAAUUCACGCUCGAGUUCAAUGAGAAGAUCGACUCCAACGCCUCGUGUUACCUCCCCCGAAUCGCGGCCAACAGGUGGCUGUGCAUUCGAUUGGAUCUCUGUGCUUCGUCUGUGACUUUCGCAACGGCCGUGUUCGUCGUGCUACACCGGGGAGAUAUCGAUGCAGGUAUCGCGGGACUUUGUCUGGCGUAUGCUCUCCAAGCAUCUUUCAAUUUGAACGCGUUCAUAAGAUCCAGCGCCGAUAUCGAGGUCUCCAUUGUCUCUGUAGAGAGGCUGACAGAGUACAUAUCUCUUGAGAGCGAGGCCGAAUGUACCAGGAAUCCGCCACGAAACAGCUGGCCGUCGAAAGGCGCUGUUGAGUUUGAGAAUUACUCGACGAGGUAUAGAGAGAAUCUGCCUGCCGUGGUUCGUGGUAUCAACCUCAAGAUCGAGGCUGGUGAGAAAGUGGGCGUAUGCGGACGAACCGGGGCAGGGAAAAGCUCGAUGACUCUCGCGCUCUUCCGCAUCAUCGAAGCUUGCGAGGGGAGGAUAACAAUCGAUGACAUCCCAAUAGCGGACAUAGGUAUCCAUGAUCUCCGUGAGAAGCUGUCGAUCAUUCCACAAGAUCCGGUUCUAUUUUCCGGAGCUCUGCGAUUGAACCUUGACCCGUUCGAAGCCUAUAAAGAUGAAGAACUGUGGCACGCCGUCGAGCACGCUCACCUGAAAGCGUUCGUCACUCAACAAGAUCAAGGCCUCGACUUCGAAGUCUCCGAAGGCGGCGAAAAUCUCUCGGUUGGACAGCGACAGCUCGUAUGUUUGGCGAGAGCUUUACUGAGGAAGAGUAAGAUAUUGGUGCUGGACGAGGCGACUGCUGCGGUGGACAUCGUUACCGAUUCUUUGAUUCAAGAGACGAUCCAUACGGAGUUCGCCGCAUGCACGAUCAUAACGAUCGCACACAGAAUCAACACAAUAAUGAAUUACGACAAAAUUCUCGUAUUGGAGGCUGGCGAAGUUCGGGAGUACGAUUCUCCACAGAAGCUGCUAGCCGAUCCGAACUCUCUUUUCUCAGCGAUCGUCGCGGAUUCGGGGAUAAUGUGCUCGAGAGUGGAGAAGGAUCCCCGGAGAGGCUCGAAAACCCCUUCUGAAUGGAUUAAUCCCUGUCUCCACCACAGGAACAAGCUGACCGCUCGGUAG